UGUCGUCUCGUUGGAUGAUGGAACAGAAGUAUAGUACUGUAUAUAAAUAAAUAUAAUCACCCAUCGUGACAGAGGAAGAGGCAUGGCUGCCGGGAUUGCCUUUUCCGUUUCCGGUUGCAUACUGUCGUCGCCGUCCCCAUUUCCAUUUCGGACCACAAGACUGUUUUCUUUCCCGAGGUCAAAAGAUCCGGCUGCGUUCGCAAGUGUAACCAUCAGGAAUUCAGCAGGUGUCUCCACUCAUCCGCAAGAAGAAAACUAUCCCCACCAACCAUCCCUUCAGACUAUCGUCGCUUCCGAUAACACGGCAGCACAAACUUAUACAAAUACGUCUCCUAAUUCUAGAAGAAAGUAUGGGUGGGAAUCUGAGCCGCUCUCAGACGAGGGAGCUUUGAGCCUCAAGGAUUACUUCCAACAGUCGAAACAGAUGCUCAGAUCAGACGGCGGGCCGCCGCGCUGGUUUUCUCCAUUGGACUGCGCCUCGCGGUUACAACACUCUCCGCUCUUGCUCUUUUUACCAGGCAUUGAUGGUGUUGGACUUGGACUUUUACCACACCACAAGAAACUGGGAGAGAUUUUUGAUGUUUGGUGCUUGCAUAUUCCACUUACAGAUCGAACCUCAUUCACAGAUUUGGUGAAGCUGGUUGAAGAAACUGUUAGGUCAGAGUAUUGUAAUGCACCGAAAAGACCCAUAUAUCUCAUUGGAGAGUCAUUUGGCGCAUGCAUUGCACUAGCAGUUGCUGCUCGUAAUGCUGAUAUUGAUCUUGUAUUAAUUUUGGCCAACCCUGCUACAUGUUUCAGCAGAUCUUGGCUGCAAAAUUUGUUGACUUUAACAGAUGUCCUGCCUGAGCUACAUCACCCUAGCAUGGUUUACAUGUUAAGUUUGAUCUCAGGUACUCCUUUAAGGAUGGUUUUGGCUACAUUUGGGAAAGGGUUGCCUCUGCAACAAACAGUUGAAGAGCUAUCUCAAAAUGCUGUAGCACUUUCGUCCUAUGUUUCUGUCCUGGCUGAUGUCUUACCUGUAGAAACUCUUAUUUGGAGGUUAAAGAUGCUUAAAUCAGCUGCUGCUUUUGUCAAUUCUCGGCUCCAUGCAGUUAAAGCCCAAACCUUGAUACUUUCCAGUGGAAGGGAUGAAUUUCUACCCAGUCAAGAAGAAGGUGAAAGACUCUCUCGUGUUCUACCAAAUUGUGAUAUCCGACAACUUAGUGACAGUGGUCAUGCCAUUUUCUUGGAAGAUGGCAUUGAUUUGGUCGCUAUCAUUAAAAAAGCUGGAAUUUAUAAACGUGGAAAACAUCGUGAUUGCGUCUCGGAUUACCUGCGACCAAAACCCGCAGAAUUCCAAAAAACAUAUGAACCAUACAGGUGGACUGAGGUUGCGGUCAAUCCUGUGAUGUUGUCAACUUUGGGAGAUGGGAAGAUUGUGCAAGGUCUUGCUGGGAUUCCAUCAGAAGGACCCGUUAUAGUUGUAGGUUAUCACAUGUUGCUGGGAAUCGAACUAAUUCCUUUGGUUUCUCGGUUCUGGCUUGAGAAGGAGAUUGUUCUUCGUGGGAUAGGUCAUCCUUUGAUGUUUUCAAGAUCGAGAGAAGGAUUAUUACCCGAAUUAUCAUCAUAUGAUCCAUUUAGAUUUAUGGGUGCUGUUCCUGUAUCAGCAUCCAACUUCUUUAAACUUCUAUCCUCAAACUCCCAUGUCCUACUGUAUCCAGGUGGAAUGCGGGAAGCUCUUCACAGGAAGGGCGAAGAAUAUCAGUUAUUCUGGCCAGAGCAGUCGGAAUUUGUGAGGAUGGCAGCGAGAUUUGGAGCCAAAAUUGUACCUUUUGGUGUGGUAGGAGAAGAUGAUGUCAGUGAAUUGCUCCUUGAUUACGAUGACCUGAUGAAGAUCCCUUUUUUCAAAGAUGCGAUACAGAAACUAACUGAUGAAACGGUGAAGUUAAGGAGUGAGAUGGAAGGAGAGGUUGGAAACCAAGAUGUGCAUUCUCCAAUCAUUCUUCCAAAACUACCUGGCCGAUUUUACUAUUAUUUUGGGAAGCCAAUUGAAACACAAGGAAGGAAAGAGGAGCUAAAAAGGAGCAGAGAGAAAGCACAGGAAGUGUAUAUGGAGGUGAAAUCAGAGGUGAAUAAAUGCAUUGCUUAUUUGAAGGAGAAAAGAGAGCAGGAUCCAUACAGGAGCUUAUUAGCUCGCCUGCUUUACCAGGCUACUCACGGCUUUCAUUCUCAAGUCCCCAAUUUUCAACUCUAGUCUCUCUCCUGCUUUUCCUUUUCCAAAACCCCAACUUUCUUCUAUCAUCAAAUCUUCUUUGCCUUUCAAAUUCACACCCAACAAUGGAUUAUAAUAUAAUCAACACCUACCUCAAACACUCUAUCUUUAUUUGUGAGACAGGUUUGAUUAAUAUGGAAAUAUAAUAGUUACUGCCUGUUUGGUUCGUGGAAAAAUAUUUGAUGAGUAUGAAAUUGAAAUUUUAUGAAAAAGAAAUUACCAUGAAGAUUGAUUCCA